UAUGCAGCCGUCAGUACGUCACCACGGUGUUCUCCAUUGUCCAUAUACCAUGCUUCUGAUAGGAGACCUGUCGUAGUGAACGUGAAGUACAGAUGGACCGCAGUUUAAAGCGACGGCAGGUAAAACCACUUGCUGCCUCUCUGCUUGAUGCCUUGGAUUAUGACAGUUCAGAUGACAGUGACUUUCAAGUAGGAGAUGCUUCAGGGUCAGAGGGCACAGGCAAUGGCAGUGAUGAAGAAGGGUCCAAAGUGAGUGCAGGCGGUUCAGAAAGUGAUUCAGAUAAUGCUGCUUCAGCAGAUGAUGGCAUAGAUGAGGAGGAGACCAAAGACCUGGCUGCUGAGGAGAACUUGACUGAGGAUGAGGAGAAGAGCAAACGGCAGCAAUCGUCAGACAGUUCCACCAAAGACACUCCCACUGUCAUCGCACCCAAAGGCAGACGCAAGACCAAGAAAAUUUCAGAGCCUGCUGAAGCUGCUGAAACUGGAUCUUCCUUAGUGUCUGCAUCCAACAAUGUAAAUGCUGAAGAGUCUCAAGCUGAGCCCAAGAAAUGGAAUUUCCGCAGGAACCGCCCACUUCUGGACUUUACCACCAUGGAAGACCUGAACGAGAUGGACGACUACGAUAGUGAAGAUGAUAAUGACUGGAGACCCACAGCAGGAAAGAAGAAAGGCAAAGCAAACUCUCAGAAAGGAGGCACAGAUGAAGAGGGUGGUGAAAGUGCUAGUGAUGACGAUGACAACGAUGACGAUGAUGACGACGACGAUGAUGAUGAUGACGAAGAUGGCGACGGCGAUGAUGAUGAUGAUGACAAGGAAGAUGGUGAGGACAACAUUAAUAGUAGCAGUGAUAGUGACAAAGAAGCGAAGAAGUCCAAAAAGAAGACGAAGAGCAGCAGUGCUUUUGAUGAAGAACUGACCAAUGAUAGCAUGUCCCAGGGAAAGGGCAGCGAGGGUGCUUUGCUGGAUCGGUCCCAGACCUGGAGCACACAACACAUUCUCAUCUGCUGCGUUUGUCUGGGAGACAACAGCGAGGAUGCAGAUGAAAUAAUUCAGUGUGACAACUGUGGGGUGACCGUCCAUGAAGGGUGUUACGGUGUGGACGGCGAGAGUGACUCGAUUAUGAGCUCGGCCUCUGAGAAUUCAACAGAGCCUUGGUUCUGUGAUGCCUGCAAGAAUGGAGUGACUCCCAGCUGUGAGCUAUGCCCAAACCAGGAUGGCAUCUUCAAAGAGACGGAUGCUGGGAGGUGGGUGCAUGUGGUUUGUGCCCUUUAUGUUCCUGGAGUGGCAUUUGGAGACAUUGAUAAGUUGCGACCAGUAACACUCACAGAGAUGAAUUAUUCAAAAUAUGGGGCCAAGGAGUGCAGUUUCUGUGAGGAUGCCCGUUUUGCCAGGACUGGUGUGUGUAUCAGCUGUGAUGCAGGAAUGUGUCGAUCCUACUUCCACGUCACCUGUGCACAGAGGGAGGGGCUUCUGUCUGAGGCUGCAGCGGAGGAGGAUAUCGCGGACCCAUUUUUUGCAUACUGCAAACAGCAUGCAGACCGCUUUGACAGAAAGUGGAAAAGGAAGAAUUACCUGGCCUUACAGUCUUAUUGUAAAGUCUCUCUGCAGGAGAGAGAGAGACAGCUUACUCCCGAAGCUCAGGCCCGAAUCACUACUCGCUUGCAGCAGUACAGGGCAAAAGCUGAGCUGUCCAGAAACACUCGUCCUCAGGCAUGGGUACCCCGGGAAAAACUGCCAAGACCUCUGACCUCUAGCGCCUCAGCUAUCAGAAAGUUGAUGAGGAAGGCUGAACUGAUGGGCAUCAGCACUGACAUUUUCCCUGUGGACACAUCUGAUACCAGUGCCAGCAUGGAUGGACGCAGGAAACACAAGCAGCCUGCUCUCACAGCAGACUUUGUCAACUACUACUUGGAGCGGAACAUGAGAAUGAUCCAGAUCCAGGAUAACAUUUCAGAGCAGAAAAACCUUAAAGAUAAGCUGGAGAAUGAACAAGAAAAACUACACGUCGAGUAUAACAAGCUCUGUGAGUUUCUGGAGGAACUGCUGAAUGCAAAUGGAAAGCUGCGAAGUGAAGGCCAAGCCACGUGGAGUCUGCUCGGCGGCAUCCUGGGCCAG